AUGCUUGUAUUCUUACCUCUAUGUGCCUUAGCAGCUCAAGAUGAAGUUAUGAAUGGAAGGUCAAUUGCUGUAGAUAUUACUCCAGGACAGGACUAUGUUAUUAAUUUUCCUUUACCAAAUUCAGUUGUAAUUGUGAAUUCUAUCGAAGGAUUUUCAGCUACUGCAUAUGAUAACAACAAGAAUGUCAUAGGAACAUUCAGUUCAUCUAGUAGAAUCAUGAAUUUAGUUGAGUCCAACUCUUACAUUAUUGUCAAAUCUACCGGUUCUCAAACAAAAUUUCAUUACUCAGUUAUGAUAUUAUCCAAUCUACACUUAGAUAGAAGAUGCUCAACAGUCGAAGUUCAUAACGCUGCACAAGGAGAAUAUAAAAUUUACACUGGUUCAAAUGCAAUUAAAUGUCUUUGGAUAUCUUCAUCAUCUAACAUGCAAGUCAGUAUAACAGCCAACAUUCAUGGCUACACUGACAUAUUUUCUCCAAAAAUUUACAGUGCAAUUGGUUCAAUUGAGAACUCAGGAACCUUUAGCAAUACUUCAUCCAAUCCAUUUAUAGUUGUUGCUCCAACCGAUACACAUCUUGGAUCAGUAACUGUUAAAACAGCUGGUUCUGAAGUUUCCGGAAUUGAUUCCUACAGUUUUACAUUCACACCUUCGAAUACACCUGGACCAAUAACAACAGGUGAUGUUCCAGCACCAGGACCAGGACCACAACCCACAUCAGGAACAAGUCCUGUAAAUCCAACUUCAUCUCAAUCAGGCGAUGACAGCGAUCAAGGAUCGGAUACACCACAAAAGAAGGAUAAGGUUAAGAUUGGUUUGAUUGUUGCCCUUGUAAUUGUUACAUUAAUUACAGUAGUUGUUUCAGUUGUCAUUAUUUUCUUUUUCAUCAAGUUCAGAACGCUUCUCAAAGUCUUAUAA